AUGUCUCUGCCACUGAGAUCCGAGACUGCCAACGAGGGUGGUUCCCAAGAUGAACCGGUAAAUUUCCACCACCCUUAUACGCCCUACGACGUACAGCUCCAAUUCAUGAAAGCGGUCUACAAAGUCCUCCAAGCUGGCAAUGGUCAAAUCGGAAUUCUCGAGAGUCCCACGGGCACCGGCAAGUCCCUCUCUCUCAUCUGCUCCUCCCUCACAUGGCUGCGCAACUUCAAGGCGUCGUCCCACGAAGCGGCGCUCAAGGACCUAGGCGCCAAAUUCGCCGAUGAGCCCGACUGGGUGGUCGAGCAGCUGCUCAAGCGAAAGAGUGAGGAACUCACCCGGCGGUGGGAGGAGAGGGAGGAACGGCUUGAAAAGAUACGACAGAAGGAAAAGGCUAUGGAGGCGAGACGGAGUGCCAAGCGACGGCGUGUUGGCGAAGAGGAAUCACUGAGCACGCGGAAAGGACCGAUUGACGAGGAUGCCGAGUGGCUCCUAGAUGACUGGGAGGGUGACGAUUCGAAGGGAAGCGAUCCCUUCUCUGGGCUCAGUGCCGAAACCAGAGAGAUAUUGGCACGGAUGGGCGGACUUGGCGGGGUGAAGAAGCAGAGUGAUACUGACGACAAGCUCGAGGACGAAGUGAAGAUAUUUUACGCAUCCAGGACGCAUUCUCAGCUGAGCCAGUUUAUAUCAGAGCUCCGUCGACCUUCUUUCCCUUCCAGCUAUCCAAAAAUGCAAUCCUCGCCUAAGACGGCAGAUGGAUCCAAGGAUAAAGAGCAUGUCAAGCAUAUUCCUUUGUCAUCGCGACAAAAAUUAUGCAUAAACCCGUCUGUUGCGAGGCUUGGGUCGCUCUCGGCCAUCAAUGAUCGCUGCGCUGAGUUGCAGCAAUCCAAGACGAAGGAGAAGUGCAAGUUCUUGCCCAAUGAGGAAACGCUUUCCCAAACUCAUCAGUUUCGGGACACGGCCCUUGCUACGCUUCCUGAUAUCGAGGACCUUUAUACCUUGGGAAAGUCUCUAGCGGUAUGCCCGUAUUACGCCUCGCGAACGGCGAUCCCUGCAUCCGAGAUCAUUACUCUCCCUUAUCCGCUCCUCUUACAAAAGAGUGCUAGAGACGCACUUGGCAUCAAACUCGAAGGCAAUGUUGUCAUCAUAGACGAAGCACAUAACAUCAUGGACGCUGUGUCGAACGUAAACUCUGCGGCGAUCAAACUGAGCGAACUCAAACGUGCGCGGCAGAUGCUCAGUGUAUACGUGCGAAAGUUUGGCAAGAAGCUGAAAGGGGAGAAUCGAGUCAUGGUGGGCCGAGUUGGCCGUGUUGUCGAAGGGUUGAGCGACUGGCUGGAUGGCGCCAUGAAGCAAAAGAGCGAACAUGGCAUUGUGGACGCAAAUGCCCUUCUACGACAGAAGGCCAUCGACCAAAUUAACAUGUACAAGCUCGUUCAAUAUAUCCAAGAAUCGAAACUAGCCUACAAGAUCGAGAGCUACGUCUCCUACGUCGAAGACGAACAACAACCCGAUUCUACCCACCAAACCGCGGCGAAAUCAUCCACCCCCGUCCUCCAUACCCUCCUCUCUUUCCUCCUUGCCCUCACGAAUCUUAGUUUCGAAGGCCGAAUAUUUUACCAAAAACUGGACUCCACCCCACGCGACAUCGAGCUCUCCUACCUCCUCCUCUCCCCUACUCACGCCUUCUCCUCAAUUGCCUCCUCCGCCCGCGCCGUCAUCCUCGCCGGCGGCACCAUGUCUCCCUUUGACGAUUACACUGCUCACCUAUUUCCUUAUCUACCGGCCGAAAAGAUCACAACGCUAAGCUGCGGCCACGUUAUCCCCCGCGAGAAUCUCUGCGUUUGGACCCUCGGUCGAUCUCGUGCCGGUGAUGCCUCACCAACGUUCGAGUUCAGCUUUCAGCGCCGAGGGGACAAGGCCAUGAUCAAUGAUCUCGGCCUCGCGCUUCUGAACAUUUGCUCUGUAGUUCCAGAUGGGGUAGUCGCUUUCUUCCCCAGCUACGGCUACCUAGACGAAGUUGUACAGGCGUGGCAAGCAAAACCUCCCGGCGCUCCCAACUCGGUGUGGGAUCGACUGGGCACUAGGAAGGAAAUAUUCCGUGAAUCAAAGGGCUGCUCAAGCGACGAGAUUCUCGAAGCUUACUCGACCGCGAUAUUAUCACCCGCAGCCAACGCAAAGACAAAGGGCGCUUUACUCCUCAGCGUGGUCGGUGGCAAAAUGAGCGAGGGCAUCAACUUCUCUGAUCGCCUUGGGCGGUGUGUCCUCAUCAUCGGACUCCCUUAUCCCAAUAUCAAUUCCCCUGAGUGGAAGGCGAGAAUAGAAUAUAUCGAAUCCACCACUGUGUCGCGUCUACUCCCCUCCUCUUCAUCUUCAACUACGGAUGCCCCCGAGGGUACUACCACGAGCAUACCUGGUAGAAAGAUGACUAAAGACCAGGCGAUGGCUCAAGCUAAGAAUGCUGCUCGGUCCUUCUAUGAAAAUGCCUGCAUGCGGGCUGUGAAUCAGAGUAUUGGCAGAGCUAUUCGUCACAGAGGUGACUACGCUGCUAUCAUCCUCGUGGAUAGGCGGUACGCGGCGAAGAGGAUACGUGGAAAGCUUCCGGGGUGGAUUGCGGAGGCGAUGGAGGGAGGCGAUGAGGGAGAAACGCUGGGGAAAGUAAUGGGCGGGUUGAGUGUUUUCUUUAGGGGAAAGAAAAGUACAGAGAAUUAG